UGUCUUCAUAGUGCCCGUGUUAUCCUGUCGACCAAAUGAGUAUAAAACAAAUGACGGACAGUGCUGCCCGAUGUGCAACGAAGGUAGAGUUGUUCAGAAAGACUGCACAGUAUAUUCAGGAACUCAGUGCCGUUUCUGUGACCUGGGGACGUUCAUGAACCAACCCAACGGCCUGUAUAACUGUUUCCCCUGCACAUCCUGUGACACAGGCCAUGGUCUUUUUGUCAAGCAGAACUGUACAGCAACAACUGACACAGUGUGUGACGUUUUAAAUGGAUAUUACUGUAAAGAUUUGAUAGACAGUAACGGAUGUAGUUUGACAGAGAAACAUUCACAUUGUGCAGCUGGUCAGAGGAUAAAAGAACCUGGGACCAGCAGAAGUGACACAGUGUGUGAAGACUGUCAGCCAGGCUUCUUUUCCAAGGACGGUGUGAGCUGCACGGCUUGGAAAGUACUUUUAGCUGGGAAGGCCAGAAGACCCAGCACUGACAACUGAACAGGUGCUUUUGGAUCACGGUGUUGUUCCAAAAGGUGAUUUCUGAUGUUUCUGUAUGUAUCUGUAAUGUCUUUGUUUAUAUUGGAAGGUAGACUGCAGUCAAAACGAUUUAUGAAGGAGUUGUAUAUAAAAUAAAGAAACUACCUGUUUUGCAAAU